UCUGUUUAUUUAUUAUAUGGAAGAAAUUCCUGUAGCCGUUGAGGGCGAAAAGUCACCUUUAAAUGUCAGCACAGUUAAGGAGCCAUGUACAAAUCCACUCGAACAGAUUGAACGUCUUUUGACUUGUCCAAUAUGUCUUGACCGGUAUAAACAACCAAAACUUCUGCCAUGUCAGCACACAUUCUGUUUAUCUUGUUUAGAAAGUUAUGUUGAAUCUACUGGAGGCAGACCUCGUCUUCGAUGUCCAGAAUGCCGUAAUGAACAUUCAUUGUCUUUGGAUGGGGGUGUUCAGUCGCUACAAACAAAUCUUACAUUGCUUUCAUUCCUUGAAAUUCAUAUGGAAGCGAGUGCAGCUAAUGCCGAAGAAAUGCAGGCUUAUGUUCAACGUUUCAAUAUGGAAAGAUGCCGAGUUUGUGAGGAAAAGGCGGAAUUAGAGCUUUGUGUUCAUUGUGAACGUAAAUGCUGUUCUGAGUGUAGAACCUCUCAUUUGGAUAUGCUUAAACGUGAUUUGAGUAGACUUUUAGGACAAGUUCGGCGUCUUUCCACGCGUGUUCGCGAAGCUAGUUCUGGAUUAGGUCGAGGUCUUGAACAUAUGUUAGCAAAUGGGGAACAAACUAAACAAGAAAUCCGUGAAUACUUUAAUAGAUAUCAGCGAGAAUUGAAAAUUAGAGAAGAAAAUUUUAUUGAACAGGCAGAUGUGUUUAUCCAAAACGAAGAAAGAUUGUUAAGAACAUUGCGUGAUGCUUUAGAUGUUGAAUGGAAUAAUUUACAAGAUGCUUGUCUUUGGGUGGAUUCUGUUUUAAAUGGGCAACGAACGGCUCGGGAUGAUGAAUUGGCACGAUUUAAGUUAGAAUUUCAACAAGGACUUGAUUAUCUUCGUUCAUUUCAACCAGAUUCUGAUGAAUUAUUUGCAAAAAAGUUGCGAUUCUCACCUGGGGAUGAUGCUGCAAAGUUACCCACAGCAAUAGCUAAUUUUGGCGAACUCUCAGUUUCUCUGCCACAAUUUGCAAAUCGUUACCUCCCAUUAGAACAACAAUAUUUGCCUAGGCCAUUUCGAAUGGGGCUUGAAUCAGAUAAUUUUAUGAGGUUCCAAAAACAACUAAGAGGGGGAGGAGAAGGUAGUAAAUUAAGUUAUCGGGUAGAAAAAGAAAAUUUAGAAGUCGAGAAUGCUGGGGCAACACGUUGGAGAAGGAGGAAAGAAUUGGAGGAUGAGGCAUGGAAUCGUCUUCACGCUGAUGGAUUAACACCUCCACCUCCUUGGUCAUCCAAUACUUCCCACCCAACAUCUAAUAGAGCAUCCCCAAUGCCCCAACUUCAAAUUGACACAAAUAUAGGGAAAGGUGCUGGAAUACCUUCAAAAUCCCCAGUUUCUCAAACAACCCCGACAAACACAAAAAACACAAUUUUAUCUCCAAUACCUAAUAAAGUGACGGAAAAAGGAGAAAUUGUUGAUAAUAAUUUGAAUACAACAAAAAUAUCAUUAAAUUCUCCAUCCAACAACAAUUCUCCAAAAAAUGCUUUAUCCCCUACAACAAUUUUGGAUGAUUCCAAAACAUCCCCCAAACAAUCCCAACAAAAACCCCAAACUCAACAAAUACAAAAAAGCGGUAUUCCAGCUCUAACAACAAACACAACAAAUAAAUCUGGAAAUUCUGCUACGAAUGUUUCAGGUUCUCGAGGACGUCUUUUAAUGGUAACUGGUCCAAGUCGUGGAGGUAGUAACAGUAAUAUAAGUGAUGGAACUACAAUAUCGACUGGUCAAGGGCAGAAUACAAGUGGAGGAGGGAGAAGAAUAAGUGGUGGAGGAACAAUAACAACUCCAAUCAUUCAACAACAACAACAGAAAAAAACUUCCCAAAAGCCUCCACUUCCAACAACACAACGUCAAAUUUCUAAUGAAGAAUCUUCAAAAGGAAAUAAAAAAGCUUCUAAUAAUAGCAGAAAAAAUUCAUUAGAAAAAUCAGAAGAUGAACAACAACAAAAUUUAAAAAGUAAUGAAAAUAAAAAACAACAAAAGGCAAGUAAAUAAAUUAAUGAGUUUAUUUUUUAAUCCCAGAUUAGUUAGAAUGAUUCGGUGAUUUUUUCUUAAAUUUCUUUCUUCCUAUAGUAUUUUUAAUUUGCCCGGUUAAUGAAUACUGUUUAUACUCUAUUAAUAAUACUUUUGGUAAUUAUUGUUUCUACCUCUCUCUGGAGAGGGUAAUUAAUAGAGGUUAUUUUAGGAAGGCUAAUCAUGACUAUUU